GCCGUUUACGUUAGGAGAAGGUUCGCGUUGUAGCGUAGCCUCAAAAGGGACGAACAGUGAGCACGGUUUGCUCUUACUAUUGUAUUUCUCUCUGCACUCGGGAUUGUUUUGUCGUGUUUUAAAAGUAUGAACAAAGGCGGGUUUACAGCAGCUCGGGGGAGAAGGCCAGCGGUUCCCGAUAAAGUCGACAUGUCAUUAGAUGACAUCAUUCGGUUGAACAAAAAAGAGCAGCAGCUAAAAAGGAGACAGGCCACCGUGAACCGCCGACCAGUCAAGAAGAAAGGCCGUUUAACCCAAGGAAAGGGGGUUUCACCGCGGACUGCUGGACCAGUCCAGAGAGCAGGAGGUGGCAUACCUCGAGGAGGAGCGCCUAAAUUAAGAAACAGAAGGGUCCCCCCCCUACCGGGUCGGCGACGGGGUCAGGGGGUUAUCACAGGACUGGCAGCCAGGAGGCCAGCCGCCCUUCUUAAACGAGCCGGGACACUCAACAGAGCAGCAAUCAACCAGAAAACAAGACAGAAAACAAGGCCUUUCAUUCAACGUAGCGAGGCCCAGUACAGGAAGCCGGAGGUUCAGAGGCGGCCGUACAGGCAGCCCGAUCCACAGAGAGGCCCGAACGUAACACCAGUCAGGAGGCCAUUUCAACUGCGACGACGACCACUGCCACCUGUCCAGCAGACUCAGAGGGAAGCACGCCAGGCCACAUUUCUUUUUCGUAGGGGACUCAAGGUACAGACCCAGGUGCAAAAGCCAAGCCCUCGCUCUCCUCCAGUCAGAACUCGUCAGUGGCGCACAUCGACAACCAGUAGCGGAAUCUUGACUGUUUCAAUUGACAACCCCACAGCCAGGACUCAGCCUGAGCCUCCCACUGCUUGGACCCUGCAUCCCCCAACUGCCAGCUCAGCUCCUGUCAAGGUGGAAACCGUGGAGAAGAAAAUACCAAAAGGAGUGCCUCUGCAGUUUGACAUCAACAGUGUUGGGAAACCGCAAACAUCAAUGACAUUGAAUGAACGAUUCCGCAUCCUGAAAGAUCGGCGCACCACCACAGCACAAAGCAGUAAAGGCAGCCGAUUCGUUACUGUGGGUUAGCUGGCCAAAAAAAAAAAAACAAUUAAAAAGACAGUGACGAGUAAUACUCAGAAGCUCCUUUGUCACCCACAUGGUGAUCCCCACCUUUUUAAUGGAUGGGACAGUGCUGACCCACUGACUGACUUUAAUAAUGGGAGGGAGGGCAACUGUGGGACAAAUGAGUACAAGGUGCACAACUGCUCAACUGUGAGAACUCGAGUGUGCAAGUGUCAGUGGAAGAAAUAGUUUAAAAUAAGUUCCCAUUCAUUGUCCAUAUCAUUGUAUGCAGCUGUUUGUAUUGUGGAUGUCCUGUACUGGGAAGGAAAGAGCCCCCCCCGCCCCGCCCCCGGACUUGGAGCUGUUAACACUAUUAUGAAGACUGAUAGGACCGCUGUGUAUUUGCUAGGGUGGCAGGUAUGUUCUCGACACCUUUUUGGAGAAUUGUUUUGUAAUGUUUCUUCAAAUAAAUUUCUCUUUAAAGAUUUGA